AGGAAUCUUCUCCUCCUCCUCUUCGUCAUCGUGGUCAGCUUCCAGCCAUCUGUUGCACCUCCCCGAGUCCCUUCGGUGGGAGAAUGGGCAGGCAUCCGUGCAAUGAAAUUCCUCAAGUGUCGAUACUACAGGUACGAUAGGUCAGGUCGAGAUGUCUGCGAAGGGGACAGCAUAGAGGAUCUCAGGAAAGCCAUCAGUGACAUGUCGGAUACCUUCAAGCGAUUGCCGAGACGUUUGGCAGCUGCCGGGAGUCUUUUUGCCUUGACUUGGGGCUUUGCAACACGACACAUGGGAAUUCCUGGACGAGGGCACGGGAAAGUGGCUUUCAUUUUGUUUUGGACUCUGUUCACAGUUUCACUUGCUAUCCUCUGGUAAGGGCAGACAAGGACGACUUCCAUGAGGGCGGCGCAUCAAUUCCUGUUUCAUAUGUUUAUACUUUGAAUGAGAUUGUUUAAAUCAAAAGUAAAAGUCUUGGUUGUUUAACGAGUCACAGGCAAACAUAGCUUUGAUGUUUGUCACUACUCGCACGAGUACCAGGUCAACAACGAUCUUAUCAGCGACGGGUUGCCGGUGUCCAGCCGUGACGGCCGUCGGAACACAUUCAGACCUUGUGGGAACUUCCUCACAUCUCGAAACCGAUCGACGAGCUUCAUCAC